AUGCCAAUCAACACAUCAGAGUCCGACGUAGGCGUCACUGGCGCUGCCAAAUUCGUCACAUCGACUGUCGGCAACACAGUAGGCGGCCUAGCCAAGACCUUAGGCGGCGUCACCGGUGCCGCAGGUCGUGGCAUCGGCGACACCAUUACCGGCGCAACGGGAAGUCUCGGCAAACCUUUGGGCGACGGGCUGAAUAACGCGGCGACAGGUGUUGAGAGUGGCACGAAGAGAGUCGCGCAGGGAGUCGAAGAUGCUGGGCAGUGGAGGGGUGGGGCGAAACGGUUCUAG